UGUGUGUGUGUGUGUGUGUGUGAGGGGGGGAGGCGGAACAAACCGGUGUGCUCGGAUACAUGCUGUAGCUUCUCGCCCGCACUGCAGAUUAACUCUUACCGCCCCGGGAGAUGCAGCGAGACACGGAAACAAUUGGCCGGAGCUUCUCCUGUCCGCAGCCUGUUUGACGACUCUUCAGCCAGCGUCACAGGGACGCCUUCUAAACUCACGGCCAUCCUUCAACGGCCAUCCUUCAACCCCCCCCCCCCUUCCCCCACCCAUACCUACAGAGAGCAAGGACCGAGGCCAGGCGCUGUAGACAAUGGGGCAAAACAACGAGAUGCGUUGAGAGAGAUGGCGGUCCACCCGAGGGAGAGGCGUCGUGGGGAACCGUAACCUUAAAAACCCAAAGCUCUGCGCGCAGACGUAUACGUGACCUGCUGCUUCUCCACGCAUGGCGACCGAGGCUGACGUUGGCCUCGUAUGUUCUGUCCGUGCGCGGCUGUCUUUGCGCCAGUACAUCACUCUACCGUGCUAAGUGUUUAACUUCAGCGGGGAGUUUCUGGUCUCCUCUCCAGUCCAGAGGACUCUCCCUCUGUGUUUCCGGAUGCAGAACAUCCUCGAUCAGAACUUAGACAUGGCCACGGCUCUACUCGCCGGCGAGAAGCUGAAGGAGCUGAUCCUACCGGGCUCCUCUCAGGAUGAGCGGGGCGGGUUACUGGCCGGCCUCAUGGUGCAGCUCAAACUGGAGCUGCCCUUCGAUCGCGUCGUCACCAUCGGGACGGUCAUCAUCCCCAUCCUGCUGGUCACCCUGGUCUUCACAAGGAACUUUGCAGAGGAGUCCAUAUACUGUUACACACCACACAACUUCACAAGAGACCAGGCACUUUAUGCAAGAGGCUACUGCUGGACGGAGCUGCGGGACGCUGUACCCGGUGUGGAGUCUCACCUUUGGCCUUCACUGUUUGAGCACAAGUUCCUGCCCUAUGCCCUGCUGGCCUUCGCUGGAAUCAUGUACAUUCCUGCUUUGGGCUGGGAGUUCCUUGGCUCGACGCGGCUCACUUCAGAGCUCAAUUUCCUGCUUCAAGAGAUUGAUAACUGCUAUCAUCGUGCCGCUGAAGGCCGAGCGCCAAAGAUCGAGAAGCAGAUCCAGUCAAAAGGACCCGGCAUAACGGAGCGAGAGAGGAGGGAGAUCAUAGAGAACGCGGAGAAGGAGAAGAGCCCCGAGCAGAACUUGUUUGAGAAAUACUUGGAGCGACGGGGCCAAAGCAACUUCCUGGCUAAGCUGUACCUGGGACGCCACCUGGCUAUUGUCUGCCUCAGUUCCAUCCCCAUUUCCUACCUGAGCGCCUACUAUGCCCGCCAACGGCAGAACGAGUUCACCUGUGCGCUGGGAGAGCCCCCAGACAUCAGCAGCUACAGCGAGCUGAAGCUCAGGGUCAACUGUAAGCUGCCCGCGGUGCAGCUGCAGCGCAUCAUGGCCGCGGUCGACAUCUCUCUCCUCUGCACCAUGAACCUCAUCAUCCUGGUUAAUUUGCUGCACCUGUUUGUGGUGCGCAAGUCCAACUUUGUGUUUGACAAACUGCACAAGGUUGGAAUUAAAACGCGGCGGCGCUGGCAGAAGUCUCAGUUCUGUGACAUCAACAUCCUGGCCAUGUUCUGCAACGAGAACAGGGACCACAUAAAGUCGCUCAACCGGCUGGACUUCAUCACCAAUGAGAGUGACCUCAUGUAUGACAAUGUGGUCCGGCAGCUGCUGGCUGCGCUCGCGCAGUCCAAUCACGAUGCUACCCCCACCGUGAGGGACUCUGGGAUACAGACACUCGAUCCGAACAUGGACCCCUCCGACCGUAGGGUGGGAGAGAUGUUUGUGGAGCCGCUGGUCAUCAAACGGCCUCGCAAAAAGAUGAAGUGGAUCCCAAGCUCAAAUCCUCUCCCUCAGCCGUUCAAGGAACCUCUUGGCAUGACGCGUCUGGAAAAUAACACCAAGCCUGAAAAACCCAAACCAGUCAGAAGAAAAACAGUGGCAGACAGCUUCAUCGCGCCGAUGUUGGAUACCAAGAGCACACAAUAUCCUGCAAUAAAAGAUUUGAGUGGGAUGGAGAAAAAGCUCACUCGCAACUUCUCUCUGGACGUCCAUCCGUACAUGCUGACCAUCCGUAAGCCCAAGGUGGAGGCCUCGGCCGCCGACCCUCUUCCCUCAGAGCACAACAUGGAAACAGUGUUUCUUGAAGGCACACACACUAUUGUUCAUGUGUCUGGUGCCAUUACAGAAACAAAGGUUUGCUCACCAGAAAUGACCAACACUGCCUUUUCUACAAUCACACUACCCACCACAACGUACGCGAACGGCGUCAGCCCGAACCCUCCCUCCAGCGAGGAUCCCUCCAGUCCCCCCCAGUCCCCCCCUCUUCCUCCGAUUCUUUCUCCGCCUCCUCCGAGGGAGCCCCUCUCGCUGAUGGAAGACGCUGCGUGUGACCCUCCGGUCCUCGACAGAGCCCCUACACACCAGCUGCUGAGUAUACAUCACACGCUUUUUGAGGAAGAAGAGGACGAAGAGCAGCGCAGGGACAGACUCGCAGAGAGAGCCAUGGAGCUCAUCGCUGCCGGGGAAUGUUGAAGGAGGAGUAGGAGAAGAGGGACGCUCGCACCACGCUCUGCACACAUGGCCACCAACGUCAUCGACAGCCAUCGACCGCCACCUCCGCUCUUCAUCUCACGCACGUCUGUGGUGGACGGAUUGGACAACGAGGACACGGCGUGGAACCCUCGUCGUAAAAAGCAAGCAGCCUUCACUUUUAGCUGAGAAAAUGACUCAGCGAGGACGGGAUAAACAUGUGUGUGUUGACCGGUGUAUUGUAGGUUAUGAUGUCACAUUCAUGUCUCAGGAUGACUGUGUGCAGCUAAACAGCAUCCAAUGAAACCAGCAGGGAUUCAACAGGGUGCUACAGUGCAGGGUCAAAUAGCUAUAAGCAAAAGGCUCAAUGAAAGGAUGAGAGAUGAAUGAAAAGAGGUAAAUACAAAAAAUAAAAGACAGACACUUUACAUAUCCGCAAAGAAGCUUCAAACGAAAUGUAUUUUAAAACACAUAUGAUAAUGCUUUGGCCCUUUAUCCCGAUAGCCAAGUAGAAAGGUAGCUCACGCAAUACAGUUGAGAUCUGCACAAUAAAUAUGCAAAAGAUCACAAUAUAUUUGUGGCAAUAAGGUAUGCGCUUGCAGCAUCAUAUUUCACAGAUCGCUGUACGUGUUUAGACACUGUAUAUGGUGUGUUUGUGCGGUGUCACAAACAAAUGUUUCAUAGAUUUGUCAUAUUCACUUCACAGUUGAUUAGGAACAUUUAUCAGAUCUUGACUCAACAUCUUGCAUGUCAUGACUAAUGAUAGGUAAAUUGGCAUUUUCAUUUAAAACAACUGCAGAAGUACACAAAAGGGCGGGGUUGUGAGGUGACAUGCAACUAGGAUAUAACUGCAGUCACAUGUGAGAAACUGAACGAUUUGUCAGACCGGUACCAGAUAUCUAAGACAGAAAUGCAUUGAUGUAGAGAUGUUUUCUUCUCGAAGACUUUAAUAGCAGCUUCAAUAUGAUGAAUGAGCUGGACACAGCAUGGGACUUUUGUGUUCUGCUGGCUUCUUGUGGGAGUGCUGUGAUGUUAAGUGAUGAGUUGAUGAUAAAUCAUACGGCACUAGAAGGUUUAUCACAUGAUGACUAUGCUUUGAUUGCCAUCUUUGGAAACAACUUCUCUUGGUAGCUUUCUUGUCUCAUAAUGUGCCAACAUCUGCUUUAAGAAGAAAUUCAGUUAGAAUAGGAGGUCUGUUAUUUGUUGUGGAUCCAACACAUUAAAGGGAUGUUAGCACUUUCACAGGGAAAGAAUGGAAAGGAGGAAUGGGUGCUUACCACAACCUCUCCAUACACAUUUAUUGCAGCUGCAUACGUGAUUAAAGGAAUAUUAGUAAAGGAGCUUUGUUCACUGACAUAAACCAUUAUGAGAUCUACUGCAGAAGACAGUGGUACUGUGGUCAGGGGCUUACCUACAUGAUUGGUAGACCUAUGCAUAGUCAUCAUUUUUAUUUCUGGGGCAUUCAGUGAACAUACACUUUAGAUGAGCAAUCAUUUGGUGGAGAAUGCAAACGACCCACUUCAGUGUCAUGACACAGGGUGGCAAAAACUACUCUUGUUAGUCUGCUCAAGAACACUAAAUGCAUCCGAAAGCACUUUAAUUAAGACUUGUAGCACAAGUGUGUGUGUGAGAGCAUGUAAUAUGUUGAAAACACAGCUCUGCUUAUAACCGAUUUUCUGUGUAGAUUUGAACAUUGAGACAGUAGUCGAGGACGUACAUCUGUGACAGUCUCAACGCUAGCUGGUGGAAACGUGGAGAAAAGAGUCCAGACUUUGAUUGUACUGUGCGAAGUGUUAUAGUGGAGAGUAAUUAAAAAACAUUUUCACUUUAAAAA